CCAGCCCUUGGAAUUCAUUGGCUUCCCCCACCCGCCUCCCAAAUACCACCCCAAUCCAGCUUAGCCCCCCGCCCCACCCUCGCUGACCGAAUAAGGCCAUGCAGUGUGUGGGGGGGGGACCUACAUAAAAGGCCCGGGCUCGCCGGGACUGCGCGCGACGCCGCCGGGGACAGAAGGCAGCCGCCGUCCAGCGCCCACAGGGAGGACCAUGGCCAAGGAGUGGGGCUACGCCAGCCACAACGGUCCUGACCACUGGCAUGAACUUUACCCCAUUGCCAAGGGAGACAACCAGUCGCCCAUCGAACUGCACACUAAAGACAUCAGUCAUGACCCCUCUCUGCUGCCAUGGACAGCAGCUUACGAUCCCGGCUCUGCCAAGACGAUCCUGAACAACGGGAAGACCUGCCGGGUUGUGUUUGAUGACACUUAUGAUAGGUCAAUGCUGAGAGGUGGUCCUCUCACUGGAUCCUACCGGCUUCGCCAGUUUCAUCUCCACUGGGGCUCGUCGGAUGAUCACGGCUCGGAGCACAUCGUGGAUGGGGUCAAGUAUGCUGCGGAGCUCCAUUUGGUUCACUGGAAUUCAAAGUAUAACAGUUUUGCAAGUGCUCUGAAGAAACCUGAUGGAGUAGCUGUGAUUGGCAUUUUUCUGAAGAUAGGACGUGAGAAAGGCGAGUUCCAAUUGCUCCUUGAUGCACUGGACAAAAUUAAGACAAAGGGCAAGGAGGCGCCCUUCACGAACUUCAACCCGUCCUGCCUGUUCCCCGCCUGCCGGGACUACUGGACCUACCAGGGCUCCUUCACCACGCCGCCCUGCGAGGAGUGCAUCGUGUGGAUCCUGCUGAAGGAGCCGAUGACCGUGAGCUCCGACCAGAUGGCCAAGCUGAGAAGCCUCUAUGCAAGUGCCGAGAACGAGCCCCCAGUGCCCCUGGUGGGGAACUGGCGCCCUCCGCAGCCUCUCAAGGGCAGGAUAGUGAGAGCCUCUUUCAAGUGAGGCCGCGGGAGCUUGCCCUCUUCAGGAAAGGACACCGGCCGCUGCGGAGCCUGGGUCCUCCCUCCUUUUGGUGCUCCUUCCUCCAAGUCUAUUUCAGUUUUCCACACUGAGCAGUGAGGGUGAGAGAUGCAGUCGCCGAGAAACCACAGUUACUGUUGACAAGAUCUAGGACGAAAGCAUUUGGCCUUUGUAAUAAUCAUCUUUCCUGUAAAAGCAGCACUUCUAGUAAGGUUUCGAAGAAGAGGAAACAGAUGGAAGAACAAAGAUGAGAAAAGUGGCUCUUGGGCACCGCUUUUGUGGCAUCUUGAGUUUCACGGAACUUCAGUUUUACUAUUUUCAUAUUGUGAGCUGUCUGUCCGUCUUCGAGAAAUCAUGAGUAAUUCUCUAUGUAGGAGUAGAGGUGUAUGAAGAUCACAUAGCAAUUCAACAUAAGCCAGAAAUUAAAAUGACUGUGGACUCCAAGAAUUGAGAAGAUGAUGCGUUUAACCCUUAAAUGAAACCAACAAAAGGCCCAUCAUUUAUUAAAAUUUUAACUACUAUAAAGAUUGCCUGGUUUUGAUUAUCUAUGAAAGUUAAACACAUUUGACCAGGUGUUUAAACCAGUCUGACCUGAUACCUGAAUUUUUUUCUGCCUAAAGAUGGUUGACUUUACCCUAUUAUCUUUCUUUACCUGAAGGAAGGCCAUUCAUUUUUCAUUUUACUCCUUUUAUCUUUGCAUGCUUAUUAAAAUAAAAGCUGCCUCUGAUAUCUUCCUAAUGUGAGGGUGGGGUUAAUGCUUCCCAGAACACAUGGGAGUGAAUGACCGCAGUUGUACUGAUCACCAAAACUAAUAAAGCCGUGAAUGCCAGAA